AUGGAACUAGCUGGAGCUUUGUCUGCUGCUUCAAGAUCAAGUCUUUUUGCCUUGUCAAGAAGUGAUGUUUUAUAUCAAGAUCGGUGGCUUAUUGCUGUUAAUAAGUCUCAAGGUGUUUAUUGUGAGACUGUGUUGGACUCUUUCCAUGAAGUUCUUGAUUGCCUGGUUGAGUCAACUGGACUCAGUGAAGGACUUGCUUCUCCACUGGAGGUGAUACCCUUUUGGUUGGCCAGUCUCUCUCCGGAGAGCCCUUUAAACGACCCAGCUUCAUUGAAGCUUGAAUUAUCACCCGAUGGUAUUCUUGUCCUACUUACAAAUUUCACCAAAACAGUUUGGUCAACAGCUCCUACAUCUUCAAUGCCGAAUAGUACUGCAGAAGCAGUACUUCUUGAUAAUGGGAACUUUGCCAUAAGAGAUGGCUUAAAUCCAUCUACCAUAUAUUGGCAGAGUUUUGAUUAUCCAACCGAUACAUGGCUACCUGGUGGAAAGCUUGGGAUCAACAAACAAACUGGGCAAGUGCAGCGGCUUAUUUCAUGGAAAAACUCAGAAGAUCCCGCACCAGGUAUGUUCUCGAUCGGGCUGGACCCAAAUGAUAGUCAGUUUUUCGCAGAGUGGAACAGGUCACAUGGGUAUUGGAGAAGUGGAACUUGGAACGGAAUGGUAUUUUCGUUGGUUCCUGAUAUGACAAUGAACUAUUAUAUCAAUUAUAGUUAUGUAUCGAAUAACAAUGAAAGCUAUUUCAUAUAUUCUGUUAACGAAGCUUUGGCACUUUCAAGAUUCGUGAUUAGUAUUUCCGGACAAAUCAACCAACUCAAUUGGUUGGCUGGUGAUCGGAAUUGGUUUAUGUUUUGGUCCCAACCAAGAGACCAAGCUAAUGUUUAUGGUUUAUGCGGGGCUUUUGGUGUCUUUCGUGAAAAUCCUUCAAGCCCUUGUGAAUGCCUGAACGGUUUUGAAUCAUCUGUAAAAAAUGAUUGGUCAAGCGGUUGUGUUAGGAAAUCUCCUUUGCAGUGUCAAAAUAGGGAAGGUGGUGCAAAGGAAGAUGGGUUCCUAAAGAUGUCAAAUCCGACAUUACCAGCAAAUUCAAAAGCAUAUCAGGAAGCAAGUGAAGCUAGAUGUAGAUUGGAUUGCAUGGGAAACUGUUCUUGCGUGGCUUAUGCCUAUAAUAACAGUGGUUGUUUUUUAUGGGAUGGAGAUCUUUUUAACUUACAACAGACGGGGGAUGGUGGUGGCAGGACUGAAGCAGAUAUUUACAUCAGACUUGCUGCUUCUGAGCUUGAGCUUCAGACUGGUACUAACAAAAGGAGAAUACGGGCAAUCUUGGCAGUGGUUACUCCAAUAACUGUGAUUGCUUUAGGCCUCUUCAUAUACUUCAGCUAUCUGCGCAAGGGAAAGCUCAUAUGCAAAGAUCAGUGGCUUAUUGCUGUUAAUAAGCCUCGAGGUGUUUAUUGUGAGACUGUUUUGGAUUCUAUCCCUGGAGUUCUUGAUUGCUUGGUUGAGUCAUCUGGACUCAGUGAAGGUACCGUGGUGAGGCCAGAGCUCCAUCUUGCCAAUCGACUUGAUCGUGAUACAAGUGGUGUGAUGGUUAUUACAAAGUUGCAUAAAGUAGCUUCUAAGCUUGUAAAGGCAUUUACGGAUCACAAAGUUAGGAAAACAUACAUUGCUCUCUGCAUCAGUUCAGCUCCAAAAUGGGAAAAGAUCACCAUUAAAUCAGGUCAUGGUCGAUCAAAGUUUGGAGCCUUUCGCGUGUAUGCAGCAUCAGAUGUGGGCCGGUCACUGCCAGGUGGGUCCACGGUUAAAGAUAUGGAAACUUCAUUUGAAGUAUUGUCAGUAAAUGGACAAGGGAGCUUCAAAGAGCCAUCUGAAUUUAAAAAUGAUAACAAUAUUUUAGUAGUUGAAGAAAAAGCUGUGAUAGAUGCUGAUGCAAAGAAGGAUGAGAUUUUGGUAAGAGCAUUUCCUAGGAGUGGAAGAACACAUCAAAUCCGCUUGCAUUGCCAGUAUCUUGGAAUUCCCAUAAGAGGGGAUGUGAAAUAUGAGGGUGUAUGCCAGUGGCAGGGAAGAACAUAUGAUAGCCAUGAACUUCAUGCAGAGAGCUUGUCUCUUGAGCAUCCUGUUACUGGUCAGCCCCUAAUGUUUCGUGGACCUCUGCCUCUGUGGGCAACCCAGAUGGUUUAG